CACCGCCGUCAGACUGUGACUUUCCCGCCUUUUCUUGCUCCUUGAAUUUCCCGCCGGGAAACUUCGAGAGCAGUGGCUCCAGAGAGGGAGUGGAAUGCGGACACGACAGCAUCUGUGCUGUGUUGUCUUGUUCGAAUCUUGAUGACCCUUUUUUUUUUUUUAAUUCUUUUUUGGAACAUGGGCGCGGGAGAAAAAGGGAGCAGUAGUACUGUUCAAGUUGAGUUCAAGAAUUCUGAAGUGAAGCUUCAUUUCUAUCGGGUUUUGAAUGAUUUGUCAGAAUCGUGUAGGAUUGAUGAAGCCCGUCAAUUGUUUGAUAAGAUGCCUGAGCGAGAUGAGUUCUCGUCGAACUUUAUGGUGAUUCAGGGACAAAAGCCAAACCAGUAUACGAUGGGGAGUCUUUUAAGGUUGUGUUCCAGGUUGGCUUUGCUUCGAAGAGGAGAGCAGAUUCAUGGAUGUUAUGCGAUAAAGACCCAGUUUGACUUGAAUGUAUAUGUUGUUGUUACUGGUCUUGUUGACAUGUGUGCAAAGUCCAUGUGCAUUUUGGAGGCUGAGUAUCUGUUCAGGAUGAUGCCUGAGACAAAAAAUCAUGUGAUGUGCAGCUGCAGCUCGUGGUUUUGGGGCACAGUUUGCAGUGAUUUGAAUAGUGCCCGGAUGGUCCUAGAGAAUAUGGAGGUUGAUGACAUGGUUUCUUGGAACUACAUGAUAGUUGGAUGUGUGAAGGCAAGGCCAUUUGAAGCUUACAGGCUUGUAAACAAUGUUCUUGUUGACGUGUAUGCUAAACAAGAGAGCUUAAAUUGUGCUAGUGAGUUGUUUAAUCGCAUGCCAAACAAGGAUGUGGUUUCUUGGACCUCUCUAGUCAGAGGAUAUGUACACAAUGACUGUUAUGAAGAAGCUCUCAAGUUAUUCUGUGGCAUGAAAAUUAGGGGCAUCCAUCCUGAUCAAGUUAUUGUUGCCAGCAUUUUGAGUGCAUGUGCUGAACUGACAGUUUUGGAAUUUGGGCAGCAAGUUCAUGCAAACUUCAUGAAGUCUGGCCUCCAAUCAUCCCUAUCAGUUGAUAAUUCCAUUCUAACAACGUUGCCAGUUGGUUAUGCUCAGAAUGAUAAGGGAAGAGAUGCUGUACGGCUCUAUGACGAGAUGAUUGCUAGUGGCACAAAACCAGACUACAUGGCUUUCUUAGGCUUACCAUUUGCCUGCAGUCAUGCUGGUCUUUCAGAAAGUGGUCGCCACUAUGCAUGCAUGAUUGACCUCUCGGGGUGCUCAGGAAAACAUGUUCAAACUGAGGAAUUGUUAAAUCAGAUGGCUGUCCAACCAGAUGCAGCGGUUUGGAAGAAUCUUCUUGCUGCAUGCAGAGUUCAUGCUAAUAAAUGGGAAGACACGGAAAAGAUUCGAAGAUUAAUGAAAUCAAGGGAGAUAUAUAAGGAGCCUGGAUGUAGCUGGAUAGAGACAAACAGCAGAGUGCACACCUUUAUGUCUGAAGACAGAAUCCAUCCAAAAACAGCUGAGAUCUAUGCUAAGAUUGAUGAGAUCAUGCUAUUGAUCAAGGAAGCUGGUUAUGUACCAGAUUUCAAUUCUGCCCUCCAUGACACGGAUGAGAAAGAGGAGGACCUUAGUCUGGCUUGUCACAGUGAGAAAUUGGCCGUGGCUUUUGCAAUCCUUACGGUUCCACAUGGAGCACCAAUCCGGGAUUGUAUGAAUCUUCGGGUUUGUGUUGGGGGGAUUGUCACAUUUCCAUGAAGUAUAUAUAUCAAGAGUUUUUCUCCGACGCAUCAUCUUGAGGGAUUCUAAUUGUUUUCAUCAUUUAAAAGAAGGACAAUGUUCAUGUGAAGACUAUUAGUAGGAUGUUUUUCCUCAAACCACAAUUUUUCCUGUCUGGUCUUCCUUCUGAAAGACGAAACGAAAGAUGGUUUCCCUUACAGCUUUUGCACUUCUUUUUCUUCCUCCAGCAACAGCAACUCAAGGACAGGCUAAUCAAAAUUUGUUCUCUUA